AGUGUUCGUCAAUUGAAUUAGUAGGCUGCUUUCCAAUCGAUAGAAUUUAAUAAAAGUAAAAUGUCGAAUAUUUCGUUCAACGUUGACGAUCUACUGGCGGAUUUUCAUCCGCUAAAAAUUUCCGCUCUCUGUAAUGCUGCGCGCAUCUCUCCGCUGAUAAAAGGUUGUACAAUCGGUCCGAAUUCUACCGAAAACGGACUUCCGAAAGAAAACGAUUCCAGUCUGGGUAACGAAGCCGACAGACCAGCGACUGUUUCAAAGAAACACGAAAGGGCAGCUAACGACGUGGGAGAUAGACUGAAAUAUGUCCCCGAUUUGACGGUAACGGUACGUAACCCAGCUAGAAGAUCGUUGGAUAGCUCGACAUGUUCUGCAAGACGGGUGGACAUAAGCGACUGUCGGGCAAUUUCGGUCAAGUUGCACGAACAGGAGCUGGAGCUCACGCGCAAAAAAGAAAUGAGAAAGGAAAUGGAACGUCGGCAGGCUCGGAUACGGGAAGCCGAUCGACAUCGGGACCUCAUUCAUGAGGAUCGAAUUCGGCGGGCUAGUGAAGAGGCGGCUCGGCGGAAUCAGGAAUAUGAGCAGAAAAUUCUGGAGGCAAGCAGCGCGCUUGCUCGGCAAGCUGAAGAGUAUGAAAAACAAAGGAAGGCAGAAAUUGAUAGGGAAAAUCGGCGAAUGGCCGAAGUUUCGCUGCAGCUGAAGCUGAAGCAGGAGGAAAUCAAACGAAGGCAUGCGAUGUUUAAUGCGAUCCUCGAGCAGCAAGCAACAUUCCGCAAAAUGACCGAAGUAUUUAAUAAGACGUUGCUUAGUGUGGACAAGGAGUAUUUGGGGAACUUUGCUAGUCAGAAUAAAUCCGCCUAUGGUUUGGUGAAGGCGUUCGAACAGUUGUUCCAAAGUGUUAGGGAAAACAAGGAAGUUAAACAGGAGGAUGUUGACAGGGCUUGUGAGCUGUGCAAGUCGAUGGAACAAACCAACACCGAAGUGUUUGAUAUAAAGAAUCGUUUACAGCAGGAAAUUGCGGAACGAAUAAAGAAGGACGAGGAGCAGCAGCAAGCGCAAGCUGCUGGUAAACAGCAGCCACAACCGGCAGAGGCGGAAGUUGCGCCUCCGUCAGCCCAAGACACGACAGAUACCAACUCUAAGGUGGCGCCUAGCAGCAACGAACCUCAUCCACUGGCAGCGUUUGUGUCCCGCGAAAGCCUAGCCUUUUACAGCGGGAUUAAGAGUUUCUACGAGCAGCACCAGGCGGCUGUUAAGGUUCUGUUGGAUGAUGCGAACAUGAAAUCGUACCGUUUCAACUGUCAGAAGGUUAUUAACACUCCGGUGAAUGCGAUUUCCGCCGUUAGCCGGGAACAUUUUGUCGAUAAGUUUCAGCGGCUGGAUGCGCUGUUGGCCGGUCAUCCGGUGAAAAUUGGCGAUGCUGUCGUGUCCAUUGAUGGACACCCGCUCGGGAGAACCUACUGUACGAUGCUGCUGGCGAAGAAGUUUGUGAGUCAAGCAGAUACGAUGAUUUCCAGUAACGCCCCAGCUGCUUUUCCAAUAGCUGCAAUAAUUGUUGCACUCUGGCAAAGAUACCCGGACUUUGGGCGGUUCUUUCUUGCCUAUCUGCACAAGGAGUGUCCUUAUCUAGUGCCGUACUUCCUUCCGCAGUUGGAGGGUCAAUCACAUGAAGACUAUUUUAAAAGUAUCGGUUAUCGUUAUUCGUCUGACGGAACGCUUGAACAGCAGGACCAAUACUUGAAACGAAUGACCGGCUUGGUACGGCUCUACUCGGCGGUGAUCGUUUCCAAUCCACGGCGCGGCGAGACGGCCCCUCAUCCGCACAGUUUGGAGUGUGGCUGGCGAUGGUUGUGCAGUAUACUGAAUCUGCAACCGCUGCCCGAUAUCUGUGCGACGUUAAUAACCGAGUUCCUUGCAAUGGCAGGCGGGCUGCUGUGGGCGCACUACGGAAAACAGUUCGUCAAGGUACUGAGAGUUCUACAGCAGCAGUAUCUGCCUGCCUUGAACAAGGUCGACGAAGGAGGUCCGAAGGCGCGACUAGAGGGACUAAUUGCCAAGAUUACCGCCGAAGGGCGCAUCGAUCGCCCGGAGGGAAUGUUGAGUUCGGAUUUUUGGUAGUUGGUUUAAAUGUUGUUUGGUAUUUUGUUUCGAAAAUUUUCAAUAAA